AUGGAAUACGGGCAGCCGCUGAAGUCCCAUUCUCCUUCGCCUACUUUCUCGGCUUUCCCCCUCUUCACUCCCUUCUUAUCUUCUCCUCUCUCUAUAUAUCUCUCUCUAUACAAAUUCUCAUUCCUCAAUAUUUGAUACAAAAAUGGCCGGAAGUGGAGUUGUAACAGUCUACGGGAAUGGCGCAAUCACUGAAACCUCAAAGAAAUCUCCAUUUUCAGUGAAGGUGGGCCUUGCCCAGAUGCUCCGUGGCGGCGUUAUCAUGGACGUUGUCAAUGCUGAACAGGCCCGGAUAGCGGAGGAGGCUGGCGCCUGUGCCGUCAUGGCACUUGAGCGUGUACCGGCGGAUAUUCGGGCACAAGGUGGCGUGGCCCGUAUGUCGGAUCCACAGCUGAUUAAGGAUAUUAAGCAAGCGGUUACUAUUCCUGUGAUGGCGAAGGCCCGGAUUGGGCAUUUUGUUGAGGCCCAGAUUCUUGAGGCUAUUGGGAUUGAUUAUGUUGAUGAGUCUGAGGUGCUUACCCCUGCAGAUGAUGAAAAUCAUAUUAACAAGCAUAAUUUUCGGAUCCCUUUUGUUUGUGGCUGCCGGAACCUUGGGGAGGCCCUCCGCCGUAUAAGGGAGGGCGCCGCCAUGAUUCGAACCAAGGGGGAAGCGGGCACAGGGAAUAUUAUUGAGGCGGUGCGUCAUGUGCGGUCGGUUAUGGGAGAUAUUCGGCUUCUUCGCAAUAUGGAUGAUGAUGAGGUGUUUACAUUUGCGAAGAAAAUUCAGGCGCCAUACGAUCUGGUGAUGCAGACCAAGCAGCUUGGCAGGCUUCCAGUGGUGCAUUUUGCAGCCGGUGGGGCGGCCACACCUGCAGAUGCCGCUCUCAUGAUGCAGCUGGGAUGUGAUGGCGUUUUUGUAGGUUCUGGAGUGUUCAAGAGUGGGGAUCCUGCCCGCAGGGCCCGUGCCAUUGUCCAGGCCGUCACGCACUACAGCGACCCGGAGGUUCUGGUUGAUGUUAGCUGUGGGCUCGGGGAGGCAAUGGUAGGAAUUAAUCUCAAUGACGAGAAGGUCGAGAGGUAUGCUAACAGGUCCGAUUGAAGAAACGUAAUGGCCAGUUCCCAAUUCCUUGGCUUGUGGGAGAGGUAUAAAGGAACCUCUGCAUGGAUACUCUGUGUUAGUUAAUAUUACAGUUUCUGCUUAAUGGGAUUUGGCUGUUUUAGGUUAAAUAAUUGUUAUAAUUCGAUACCUACAAAAUUCUAUGUUGAGUUGACUUGUAUGGUGAUUCCUGCAGUAUAUUGUUCUUGUUCUUAUUACAUCAGUUGCUUUCCUGUUUUUCUGAUAAUGUAUUCUGUGUUAUAGCAUGUUUGCUGAAAAGAUUUGCAUAUUUUCUGAGCUGGGAUAUUAAAAUUCCUCAGUUAUAUCAAUAUUUUGUUUGAA